CUUUUAAACAGUUACAACUCUGCACUAGUCUUGGAUCCACCAAACCGAAAUGAUUCGUUUGGUCCUAGUUUCUUCUUUCAUUUUCAUCUUGGGGUUCUACGAAGCCAAAGGUGCGCCGAACGACCUUCCACUCAACAAUGGUGAGACCAGUACUCCCUAUCAAUUAAUUGAAGAAAAGAGGGCAGAGGUAGCUGCUUACGGGAGAGUCGUUGAAGGGAAAGAUCCCGAAUCAUCUCUUCCAGGCGUGGCAGUGGCAGCGGUGACGGCGGGAUUGCUCUACUUCGGUUCCGGCUUGAUAAAUAGAUUUUAUAUAAAAACUGCAUUAAAUGCAGUGGCUAACGCACCAACAAAAGAAAAGGGUGGUAAUUGAAUGGUACGACGGUCACAUGCGAAUAAUCAAGCAGAUGAAUUGAAUAGUGUCUAUGUGAAAACCUAUGGCAUUAAACUGUGUUUAACAAAUUGAA